AUGACAGGAAAAAUUACAUCUACAGAUAAGACCUUGACUCCCCUUGGAUCAUUAACCUUUGGAAGCUGUCUAAAGGACCUUAAUCUCCACGUUCGGGUCAUUCACGCAAGUGGGGAUUGUGGAUAUGAUUACACAAGAGAAGAACACUGGAUCCGAUUUUCAUGUUUGGAUGUGCUCUGUGAGACCUUUGAGCAUGACCAAUUACGGUUCGUUCACAUUUAUGCCAGUAAUCCUGCAGAGCUUCCAGAGCUCAAAGAAGAUGAUGUGAUCCAUUUAACGAAUGCCUCGUUUUCAACGCAAGAGCCUGACGGACAGUUGAUCCGCGUGUCACGCCAAGAUGGUGGUUCAUGGGAUAUCAAUCCAGAAUAUGCAGAACCCUUAGCACCACUUAAUCACCAAUCCAUAAAACCAUAUAGAGAUUAA